UUUGACUUAAUCCAGCUUUCAAAAAUUGUAAAAACGAAGCAUACCAAUUCAAUCAGAAAAGCUGUAUUUUAAUGUUUUUUGUUACAAUAAUUAAAGUGUUCUCUCUUUUAUUUUAAAUAUGAUGCAACAUCAAUACUGGGUGACUAAGAAGACUGUUUUAAAAAAACUAGGUACUAAAGAAGACGAAUGUAUUGUUGCUUCCGAUGCUGAACUCGACGCUAAGUUAGAGUUAUUUCAAUCAAUAUCAGACAGUUGUUUGCAAUUGCAACGUAUACUAGAUCAGUAUCAGGAGCGCUUAUGUGUGUUAGCGCAAGAAGAAAAUUCACUUGGAAAAUUUCUUCGUGAUGCUGGAAAAAGCAAUGAUGCCGCCGGGAAACACAUGGUUUCAGCUGGAAAAGCGAUAUCCUACACAGGACAACAACGUGUAGCCGUGAGAAGUCCACUCUUAAGAUUAUACCAUGAAGUGGAAACAUUUAGAAUUCGUGCUGUCAAAGAUAUGAGGGUAACAGUAUCUGCUAUGGAAAAGGCGCGUAUUGAAUAUCGAGCUGCUCUUAGUUGGAUGAAAUCCAGCAGCGCGCAGCUGGAUCCUGAUACUGGUCGCGGUCUUGAAAACUUUCGGAAAGCGCAGCGUCAAGUAAAGGAAAGCAAAAAAAUAUUUGAUAAGCUCACCUUGGAUGUUUUACAAAAGAUAGAUUUAUUAGCUGCUGCCCGAUGUAAUAUGUUCUCCCAUGUUCUAUCAAAUUAUCAAAAUUCUUUUCUGAGUGUCUCUACAAAAGUUGCACAAACUUUAAGUGGCACCAUUGAAAGUAUGAGUUCGUCUCCUCAAUAUGAAUUUUGCAUCUUGAAGACCCUAUCAGAUAAUGACAAUGAUGGAGAGACACAGGAUAAAGACCAACUACUAUUCUUUCAAGAUGAGUACAAAGACAAAAUUCUUGAUAAAUCAGAGAAUUGUGAACAAUUGAACGACAAUGACAACGAGAACAAACCGUCCACAGCCAUAGUUGCAGAUUCAUCUGAGAGUCUUAUUAGUACAGAACCUGACACACAGGAUAAUAAUGUUGAAAUUAGUCCAGACUUGGCGGGCUUGCAGUUAGGUGGGGGUGACAUGCCUGCAAAUUUUGCAUUUAUGCCUUCACAACUCCUUCAAGAUUUUGCUGGAUUUAUGGAUACACCACUUGAACCACAAAGUUCACAUAAUGAAAAAGAUAAGGAUUUGGUAUCUCAAAAAAUUGCUAAGCCUCUACCAGUACCAAAAAAAGAAGAUAAAGCUGCAUGGUUUAAGCUCUUUGCAGAAUUAGACCCUCUUGCAAACCCUGAUUCAAUCCCUGGAACUAACAAUAAUCAAAGUCAUGCAGCUUAAGUAUUAAACUUUCUUAAUAUUAUUUAUAUUAAAAAGGACAUAUUUUCCAACAGUAUAGUUAGGAUGUUAAUUUUAGCAUUACUUUUCACAACUUUUUAAUUUGACUGCAGUAAUAAUAUAAGCCAUCUUCAAGAUAUUUUUCUUUGAACUUCAACUUCAUUUCAGUAUUUAAAAUUUCUCGAAAUAUUAUGAUUUACAGUUACUAUAAUUUUUUUCCCACAAUAUGUUUAGUUUUAGUUCUAAUCUAAAAUUUCAUGUUAAUUUAAAUAUAUUACAAGUAAAAUUAGCUGUUAUAUAUUUCUUUUUUCAUACUUACGUGUUUCCAAAUAGCAAGCUAAGAUCUGUAAAAAUCUCUAAGUACAAAUAUGUGUAAAAUUUUGAUAUGUCGCUUACUUUAUACUGCAACAGUAAUUUGUAUUGAUCAGGAAAAGCAAAAAAAAUAUGUAAAAAUAAUUAUUAUAUUUUCUUAUCCUAACAUAUAAAAUCUUUAACUAUAUCAUAAUAUUUGCAUGUAUUAUUCUUACAAGCUUGUAUUAUUUUUAUUCCAACAUAUACAAUUGUGGAUAACAUAAAUAAUUGUACCAUGUAUUAACCUUAUAGAUAACUGUUAUUUAGAACUAAACACACUGUAAGUGAAAUUUCUUAACAGUUCAUUGUAUUAAGAGAAGGCAAUGGGGCUUAUCAAAGGCCUUGUCGCUAGGAAGCCUUCCUUCAACCCUAGUAGAGAAAAUAAUAUUACAACAUUAUACAAGUAUAAGGUCUGUUUUCAAACAUUCCAUUAUAGGCUGUUACACUACUUAUUAAACAGACUUUUAUUGAUAUAAGUAUGCAAAUUAUUUUAGUGCUAUAUUAUUAUUAUUGGAUAAUAUUUAGACCCAUGGUACUGGGUUAAAUAUACUUAGUACUACUGACUAGUCAACAUGGAAAGAAAGAUAAAACCAAAGAUAUAUGUAGUUUUGUGAUGUAUUUUAGUAGAAGCUAUGUUUAAUAUUAUUACUAUUAUUGAUUUAUUUUGUGUUCUCUUUAUAAUCCAUACUAUGUAAUGUGUAUUAAAUGUUAUGUACUGAA